UAGUUUGGUACAUAUCAGAGCAACCUUUUUUUUAAUUCAAUUCAUCUAAUAUGUGCAAUCUCUCUAUAUUUAUAUUAGCCAAACCUACUCUAUUUUCUUAACCAAACAACCAUGGCUAAGGUUAUUGAGCAAUGUCAAGUUGCACCAUCUACUGGCAGUGCAGCUGAGUUGACACUCCCUCUUACUUAUUUUGAUCAUAUGUGGUUAACUCUUAAUCGUGUCCGUCGGGUUUUAUUCUACAAACUCCCUAUUUCCAAACCCGAGUUCGUCCAAAAUAUUAUUCCUCCUCUUAAAGAUUCACUCUCCCUCACUCUCAAACACUAUAUGCCCUUAGCGGGCAACAUUGUUUGCCCGCUUGAUUCAAGUGGUUAUCCUGAAUUGCGUUAUGUAACAGGAGAUUCUGUAUCUAUUACCUUUUCUGAGAGUGAUGCGAAUUUCAAUUUUCUUAUUGGUAACCAUCAAAAAGAUGCAAAGGAUCUUUAUUCCUUUGUUCCUCUAUUAGGAGAACCUAAGGAUGC